GAUGCGCACGCAUCUCACUGAACGAGACAGCAACAGAAGUGGACCUUUUGUUGUUCCUUGAAACUGUGUUGGUAUACGACUUUAAGAACCACUAUGUAGGUAGAAUGACAUUUCAUCGAGUACCCUUUCAUCCCAAAUGAUAUUUCAGCUCCUUUUAAAUUGUGGUUUAGUCAAGUUUAUUAUCCGGAAAAAAGAAAAGCGUGAUGGACGGCAUCUCAAGUAGUGUCAGAAAACCAGCUGUGAGCGUGAACACUAGGGUGAAUUAUACAAAUUCAGGAUUAACGCCGUCAAACUUAAGUAUUUGUUACACCGAUGAGAAUUUAAUUCUUCCGAGAAACCCAAAUGUCGCCAGUGUAGUUUUUCAUGGGAGUGUUGCAUAUACGGACACAAGAGUGAAAGCGCAGGAUGUGUCAUAUACAUCGUGUGACGAAAGGCUGGAUUCUUCAUUGUUUUUGUCAUACUCACAGGCAAAUGGUGUGCCACAAGAGUCGAAGUUAGCCACAUACAUGAAUCGUCAAAGUGCAAGCACACCUACAAAUGCCACAGCCCAUGCCAUUACUAAAGGCUUAGCUGGACUUACGAUAGAGCAAACUGUCUCUACAAAAAAGGUAACUCCGCAGGCCCCAGAGUUCAUUCCUGCAGCCAGCACUGGAGGGACUGUUUCGCCGAAUUUCCUCCGUGCAUUUAGUAGUCCAGUAAACAAUUUCGUUCGGCGUACAAGUGUUGAAAGCCCAUUGCCACUAACUCCUCAUUUAACACCACAGCCAUCACCACCACUAAGCAACUGUUCACCUACAUCUAGUCUUGAGAAGACAUCAGUAACUCCAGUUUCUGCCUAUCAGGAAAAUGUUGGAGGAACAACAUAUUUUUAUCCUGCAUCGGGUGGGGAAAACAGCAGCUUAAACAGCAGUGGUCUGAGUUUGAAUUCAAACACUUCAGUUUCUUCAGUGGUUCUGCCUAGUUUUCAUAUGUAUCCAGGGACUCCAACCCAUUUGCACCCUGUUCCACAAAGCAAGGCUGGCAGUGGAUUUUAUAUAGCAGAAGAACUGCGUCUAGAAGCCCUGCAUAGAAAUGCUCUUGUACUUUCUCAGCCUGAUCCAGACCAGUAUCCAGAUCUGCCCAAUGAGAUAGACAACUACCAUGAUCUCUGUCCUCUGCAAUCUGUAACUGGAAAUACUUUGCGAAAGUCUCAGCUAUUGGGCUACCCCAUAUCAACAUAUAAAGCCACAAACACGAAAACAGGUGUACGUUACUGUCUGAGAAGAGUGCAUGGAUUUCGACUGUUAAAUACGAAGAGCAUGGUGAUGAUUGAUAUGUGGAAAAGACUGCAACAUUCCAACAUUGUCCAGUUGAGGGAAGUGUUUACAACGAAAGCAUUUGGAGAUUAUUCAAUGAUAUUCGUUUAUGAUUACCAUCCUGGUGCAGAGACAAUGAUGAUAAAGCAUUUCACACAAGUGGAACCGGUGAAUGGUUACUGUGAUCCCUUCUCAGCAGACCCAUCAGCACCACGACCAUACAGUCAUCAGAAGAAUGCUUUAUUACGCCAACAACUUCCUGAAAAUGUAAUCUGGAAUUAUAUCAUGCAGUUAACAUCAGCUUUGAGAGUAAUACACUCUGCAGGACUGGCUUGUCGAACACUUGAUCCUACAAAGAUUUUGUUAACAGGCAGAUCAAGGCUUCGUCUUAGCUGUCUUGCCAUUGCUGAUGUAUUGUCAUUUGACCCAACAGCUACAAACCCACUGCAUCUCAUACCACACUAUCAGCAAGAAGAUCUAACUGCCUUGGGAAAACUAGUGCUUGCACUGGGAUGCAGAUCUCUCAUGGCAAUACAACGAGAGAAUAUCCAGACAUCAUUGGAUCUUGUAACUCGUACCUAUUCAUCAGAUCUCCGUAAUCUCAUCAUGUACCUGCUGAGUAGCCAGCAGCAACAGCAGCAACCUCGGAACGUAACAGAUUUGAUGCCAAUGAUUGGGGCACGUUUUUACACCCAACUAGAUGCGGCACAAAUGAGGGCAGAUAUACUGGAGAAUGAAUUGGCAAAGGAAAUGGAAAAUGGCCGCUUGUGCCGGUUACUCGUCAAGUUGGGCACCGUAAAUGAACGUCCAGAGCUUAAUAUGGAUCCCACUUGGGCUGAAACAGGGGAUCGUUACAUGCUGAAGCUUUUCCGUGAUUACUUAUACCACCAAGUAACUGAAGAUGGACGUCCAUGGAUAGACAUGGCUCAUGUUGUCCAUUGUCUCAAUAAAUUGGAUGCUGGAGUCCAUGACAAGAUAUGCCUGAUGUCACGUGAUGAGCAGAGUGUACUAGUUGUCAGCUAUGCUGAGCUUAAACAUUGCUUAGAGCAGUCAUUUGAUGAAAUUCUGGCAGCUGCUGCUACUGUUCCCACUUCAGCCACAGUUGCCACUGCUGCUAAACCAGAUCCAGUUUCAUAAAAGUAAAAAACAA